CCGGGUGCCGGCGCUCGCCGCGGACGUCACCGCCGGUGCGCCGCUCGCGGGGGGCGCCUGAAGGUGACGGUGGGUCCCGGUAACCGGUGCUGGUGCCGCUGCCCGCCCCGCCAUGGCCGCCCGGCAGCUGCUGGCGCUGCGGCGCUUGCCCGCCGCCUCCUUCUCGACGGCGCCCAAGAAGACGCAGUUCGGGUCGCUACGGGAUGAGGACCGGAUCUUCACCAACCUCUACGGGCGGCACGACUGGCGGCUGCAGGGCGCCCUGCGCCGCGGCGACUGGUACAAGACGAAGGAGAUCCUGCUCAAGGGGGUGGACUGGAUCCUCGGCGAGAUCAAGGCCUCGGGGCUGCGGGGCCGCGGCGGCGCCGGUUUCCCCACCGGCCUCAAGUGGAGCUUCAUGAACAAGCCCCCGGACGGCAGACCCAAAUACCUGGUGGUGAACGCAGACGAGGGGGAGCCGGGCACCUGUAAGGACCGGGAGAUCAUGCGCCAUGACCCCCACAAGCUGGUGGAGGGCUGCCUGGUGGCGGGGCGUGCCAUGGGCGCCCGCGCUGCCUACAUCUACAUCCGCGGCGAGUUCUACAACGAGGCCUCCAACCUGCAGGUGGCCAUCCGGGAGGCGUACGAGGCUGGGCUGCUGGGGCGGGACGCCUGUGGCUCGGGAUAUGCCUUUGAUGUCUUCGUGGUGAGGGGUGCCGGAGCCUACAUCUGUGGGGAGGAGACGGCGCUGAUCGAGUCCAUUGAGGGCAAGCAGGGCAAGCCACGCCUGAAGCCCCCUUUUCCCGCCGACGUGGGUGUCUUUGGCUGCCCCACCACGGUGGCCAACGUGGAGACGGUGGCUGUGUCCCCCACCAUCUGCCGGCGGGGUGGUGCCUGGUUUGCCAGCUUCGGGCGGGAGCGCAACUCAGGGACAAAACUCUUCAACAUCUCGGGUCACGUCAACAACCCCUGCACUGUGGAGGAGGAGAUGUCAGUGCCGCUGAAGGAGCUCAUUGAGAAACACGCCGGGGGUGUCCGCGGGGGCUGGGACAACCUGCUGGCUGUCAUCCCGGGGGGCUCCUCCACGCCGCUGCUGCCCAAGUCAGUGUGCGAGACUGUGCUGAUGGACUUCGAUUCCCUGGUGCAGGCGCAGAGCGGGCUCGGCACGGCUGCCGUCAUUGUCAUGGACAAAUCGACUGAUGUCAUUAAAGCCAUCGCCCGCCUCAUCGAGUUUUACAAGCACGAGAGCUGCGGGCAGUGCACCCCAUGCCGAGAAGGUGUUGACUGGAUGAACAAGGUCAUGGCGCGGUUUGUGCAGGGCAAUGCACAGGUGGCCGAGAUCGAUGCGCUGUGGGAGAUCAGCAAGCAGAUCGAGGGCCACACCAUCUGUGCCCUGGGCGACGGUGCAGCCUGGCCUGUGCAGGGCCUCAUCCGCCACUUCCGACCUGAGCUGGAGGAGAGGAUGCGGCGCUAUGGGGAGGCCAAAGCCCGAGCGGUGUCGGCGUAAGGAGGCGGUGGGGGGGCAGGGGCUGCCGGCAGUGGUGGCCCUGCCUGUUCCUACUGGGGGGGCUCCCUGGGCAACUUGUGGGUUCUGCUGAGGGAUCCUCAAUAAAUGCUGUUGCGCUCA